AUGGCUGACGCAACGAAAACACCGCUCCCAGUGGGGGCCGGAUAUGAUUUAGGUGUCGUUGUUGGAAUUGGGUUCUUCUUUGCGUUCAUUAUGAUGGGCAUCUCCUAUCUACAGAACAGAUACACCCGUUACUCGACCUACCAAUCUGAGGAGUUCAAUACCGCCUCUCGAUCAGUGAAACCAGGCCUCAUCGCUUCUGGAAUCGUGUCAGCUUGGACUUGGGCUGCUACUUUGCUGCAAUCGUCCACGGUGGCUUACCAGUACGGUGUAGCCGGGCCAUUCUGGUAUGCUGCCGGUGCCACGGUACAGAUCCUCAUGUUCUCUAUCCUGGCAUGUAAAGUCAAGCAAAACGCGCCAAGGUGCCAUACAUACCUGGAAAUCAUCAAAGCCAGAUAUGGCACUCUGGCACAUCUUGUCUUUAUGGUGUUCGCUUUUGUCACCAAUAUCCUUGUUGGCAGCCAGCUUUUGCUGGGUGGAAGUGCGGUUGUAACCAGUUUGACCGGAAUGCCAGUUUACGCGGCCGUCUUUCUGAUCCCAGUUGGUGUGUGCGCCUAUGUUAUCCUCGGUGGCUUGAGAGCGACAUUCAUCUGCGAUUACAGCCACACGUUGAUUCUGAUGAUCAUCAUCCUCUACUUCAUGUUCAACGCAUACGCAGUCAGUCCAUUAAUCGGCUCACCUGGUGAGAUGUACGAGCUCCUCAAGAAAGCCAGAACCCAGCGUCCCAUUGCUGGAAACCACGAGGGCUCGUAUGUCACCUUAAAGUCGAACUUCGGUCUGGUUUUCGGUGUCAUCCAACUGUGCUCUGGAUCUGGAACCGUCUUCCUUGACCAAGCAUACUGGCAGCGAGCGAUUGCUUCUAAACCAUCAACCGCUGUACGCGCCUAUCUUCUCGGAGGCCUCGCUUGGUUCGCGAUCCCAUUCGGCUUUUCGACGACACUCGGUCUUGCUGCAGUUGCACUCACAGACAACCCGCGAUUUCCUACGUACCCAAAUGUACCAACGACUGGCCAGAUCUCAUCUGGUCUCGCCGCUGCCUUUGCCGCUGAGACCUUGCUCGGACAGGGAGGUGCUGUCGCACUUUUAGUAGUGCUUUUCAUGGCAGUCACAUCAUGCGCGAGUGCGGAGCUCAUUGCUGUGUCUUCGUUGCUUACGUUUGACGUGUACAAAGAGUACAUAUCGCCAAAGGCUGAGCCAAAGCAGCUUGUCUUUGUUUCGCAUAUCAUGAUCUGCGUAUUCGGACUGACAAUGUCCGUUUUCGCUUGCAUUUGGCACGCAGCCUCUAUUGACCUUGGCUGGCUUUUCCUUGUGAUGGGUCUACUUAUCGGCGGCGCUGUCUUCCCCACCGCAUUCGCUAUUACAUGGCGCAAGCAAACUCGCGUAGCCGCAAUCUCUGGGUGUCUUUCUGGUCUCGCCGCCGGACUCACAGCUUGGCUAUCAACAGCAAAGGUCUACUACGGAGCGAUCAACAUUCACACGACUGGACUAUCAUACCCUACGCUCGCCGGUAACCUAGCAGCAAUCAUGACUGGACUGAUCGUAACAACCACAAUCACACUGAUUAAACCCGACAACUUCGAUUGGGAAAUUACCCGCUCCAUCAACGCCGUCGUCACAGACGGUCUCUCCCACGAAGAUUCUCCAAUACCCGAGCUCUCCGACUCCUGCGAGAAGAGCUCCGUAGCAGAACCCACCACGCAACCAGCCGCUGUAGCAGAACUCCCACCGCACCUCGCACCUACUCUCGAAGAACCGGACGACCCAUCGACACUCCGUCGCGCCUUUAAACUCGCCUGCAUCUCCGCGUUCCUGCUAACAUUCAUCCUCGACUUCUUGCUACCGAUGCCAAUGUUCUUCUCGCACUACAUCUUUUCCAAGGGCUUUUUCACUGGCUGGGUCAUCAUAAGUUUCAUGUGGGUUUUUGCUAGUAGUGCGAUUAGUUGUAUAUUGCCGAUUUGGGAGACGAGGGGGACGUUUGCGAUGCUGGUUAGGAAAAUUAGUCAGGACUUUAGGGGGAAGAAGAGUUGA